UCUAAUACUUUUCGGCAUUUUUAAUCGUGUGUUGUUCAGUGAAGCACUAUGGCGACUUUUAACUUUUUGAUUGCUGUCGGUUCUUUAGCACUGGUUUUAGGAAAUCAAAGCGAUUUGAAGCAUUGCAUAUUUAGUUCACUUCACAUCGUCAUACAAAGCAUUGUAAAUAGCAUUGUACGUAAUGAGCAAAAAGAAUUGAAUAUAGCACCAGUGCAUCAUCUGGAUAGAGCCUUUAAAACAGCUACCUUUGGUAUGGGCUGUUUUUGGGGCGCGGAAUCUCUAUACGGAGGCACUCGUGGUGUUCUACGUACCACAGUAGGUUAUGCCGGUGGCACAAAGGAUCAGCCAACAGGCGAUCAUACUGAGGUCUUGGAAAUUGAUUAUGAUCCUACGGUGAUAUCGUAUCAACAGCUUUUACAUAUAUUUUGGAAUAAUCACGAAUAUGGCUUAACCACCGUCAUCAAGAGGCAAUACAUGUCGCUAAUACUCUACCACGAUGACGAACAAAAACAAAUUGCUGAACUUUCCAAAGCUAAGGAAGGAAAGAGACGUACUCCCGAAGUUAUUACCACUGAAAUAGCACCCAAACGCAAUUUUUAUCCAGCAGAAGAUUAUCAUCAAAAAUAUCGUUUACAAGGUCACCGUGAUCUUUCUGAAACUCUUAAUCUUAAUUCGAAACUUUUAAGAACCUCUUAUGUAGCCACCAAAUUGAAUGGUUACUUGGUAGGCGUGGGAGGUGUGGAACAAUUCAAAACGGAGGUAGAUACCAUGGGUCUAACACCGUCUCAAAAAGAAUACUGUUAUCACUAUAUUGAAAAAAACGAAGGACAGGGCUUAUACUGUUGACCGCAAAAAACUGUUUGUGGCGUUAUAGAUAUUAAGCUCAAAAAAUAUACAAUUUAAGCAUAAUUAUAAAAUCAUCUCUUCUAGGAUACGUUUAAGAGCUUUUGUAUAGGCAAACAUAUGUAUCUAUUGUGAAUAAACAAUUGUUUAGUAUAAUUUAAGAGAAAUUGUUUCUAUUCGUACAUUA